UAAAUAGAGGAACGCAUCCCCCAAAGUAAGUCAUUCCAAAGUAGAUUUGAAAAGCCUUCAACUUCCUUUUCCUCCACUACCAUCAACGUUCUAUCCGUAUCAACUUAUUAGGGUUCUUUCCUUGCUUAAUUACUUCUCCACCAAACAAAUACCAUGAAGCAAAAGAUGGUGAUCAAAGUGGAAAUGAAUGGUGACAAGUCUCGCUCUAAAGCCCUGCAGAUUAUAGUUAGCAGCUAUGGCGUGACUUCUGCGUCUUUAGGAGAGGAAGACAAGAGCCAGUUAGUGGUGGUAGGAGAAGGAGUAGAUGCGGUGAAACUAACAAAUUCAUUAAGGAAAAAACUGGUAAAAUGGCAUCAUUUUCCUUGCCUGUUACCAAAUAACAAGGCAUAUGCAGAGCUGAUAAGCGUAACCGAAGUGAAAGAAGAAGAGAAGAAAGAAGAACCAAAAUCGCAACCUAUAGUUUGGUCAUAUGGUGGCUGCAGUAUGCCUCAUGUUGUCUACCAGGAGGUUAGGGAACCCUCUACUUGCUCCAUCAUGUUUUGCAUGUUUAUAAGUGUCACAUCGUCACUGUUAAAUAAUUUAAGAGGUAGCAGUGCCCUUGUGUAUAUAAUAACAGCUACAUCACCAGCAAUCCAACAUCCAUGUAUUACCAAUAAAUCCAGAGGAAUUCUCUUUCUCCACUUCAUAAUUCUUCGUCUCCAACAAACAAACAACAUGAAGCAAAAGAUGGUGAUCAAGGUUUCAGUGAAUAGCCAAAAAUCUCGCUCCAAGGCUCUGAAAAUUGCAGUUGGUUUUUCAGGCGUGGAGUCGGUGGCUUUCGAGGGGCAAGAUAAGAACCAGCUAGCCGUGACAGGAGAUGGAGUGGAUGUUAUUAAGCUAACACGUUUGCUAAGAAAGGGAUUAGCGACAAGAAUUUGUCUAAGAAAACGUAUAGGAUAUGCUGAACUAGUCAGUGUGAACCCCGUAGGAGGAGGAGGAGGAGGAGCGAAGAAAGAUGAGAAGAAAGACGACAAGAAAAGUGAUGGAAAGGUACAGCCUGUGAACUGGUCGCCCUAUGGAGGGACUUAUAUCUAUGAGGUUAGGGACCGUGAACCCUACUACUGUUCCAUCUUGUGAAAUGUUAAAUCCACAAAAAGUUGUCAACAGCGAACACCAAUAAAUUCUCCUGUUGCUUCUUUUGCUUUUGCUAUAUAUUCGUAUUAUGUAGAUCUUGAAAUCAAUCUUUCCUGAA